ACCCACAGGAAUACACAUGCAUAUGCAAGUGCACAUAGGUGCGCACACACACGCUCACGCACACAGUAAGGUUCAAUGAUUAACUGUAAAGAUAAAGAAAGAUUAGGCAGCAGGGAGGUGCAGUGAAGCAGAGAAGAGCAAGAAAGUGAAAGACAGAAAGAAACAUAUUGGAGGAAACAUAGGAAGGACAAGCCAGCCUACUGAUUUGGCAUUUGUUCGAAGUUACAAAAAUCGUUCCCACAUGGAUUAUCGCAGCGAACAGCCCAGGAAAAUAGAGCUAAAUGAUGGCAGCUUUAUGCCUCUUCUGGGGCUGGGGACAUGGAGGGGAAAGAACACAAGUUCCGAUCUGUGUCAAGGAGCAGCUGAGACAGCCAUAGCGGCUGGCUACCGUCUCCUGGACACAGCCUACAGCUAUCAGAACGAGCUGGAACUGGGUAGGGCCCUACACUCCAAGAUGCAGCAGGGCAUUAUUCGCCGGCAGGACAUGUUCAUCGUGAGUAAGCUGUGGUGCACUCAUCAUGCCCCUGAGGACAUCCCUCUGUGCCUGAAUAAAUCUCUCAGUGAUCUACAGCUGGACUACCUGGACCUGUACCUAGUGCACUUCCCUGUGGGACUCCAGAAAGUUGGUAAUGAGCUUUUUCCAAUGAAGGAUGGAGAGAUUGUCAUGUCUGACAUUGACUACGUGGAUGUGUGGAAGGGGAUGGAGGCUCUGAAGGCCUCUGGAAAAGUGAAGAGUAUUGGUGUGUCCAACUUCUCAGUCCAACAGCUUGAGAGGCUGUUGUCUGUGGCUAAAGUUCCGCCAGCCGUAAAUCAGGUAGAACUUCAUCCUUACCUCGUGCAGUCUGACCUGAUUAAAUACUGUAAGUCGAAGAACAUUUCCCUCACAGCAUACAGUCCCUUUGGCUCACCAGGAAGACCUCAAGACCUUCAUAAAGGAGACAAAGAUCCUGAAAAGCUCCUGGCAGAUCCUGUGGUUGGGGAGAUUGCUGUAAAACACAGGCGAACUCCCGCCCAGGUUUUACUGAGGUAUCAUAUUGAACAGAAUAUUGCAGUGAUUCCCAAAAGUGUUAAACCCAAUCACAUUUUGGAAAACACCAAGAGUAAUGUAUGGCAUGAAUGCAGAUCUUUGACUUCGUCCUGGAUGAGGAGGAUAUGAAUGCUCUCAGGUCACUCAAUCGUGACUGGAAGGCCUGUACCUUAGAACAGGUGAAGUCUCAUCCUUUCUACCCGUUUAAGUGAAAAGUUGUUAGCCCUGGGUGGUAGCAAGGGAAUAUACACUGCUACUGCUCCAAUCAAAUUAACGAUCUGCUUGGCAAAUAAAAGGAAUUAAGUGACACAGAAGAGAGCUAUUUACCUAAUGUUAGUGCUAAACUGUGAUUGUGACUGAAAAGCUGAGGCUCUUGGAGACCCUGUGUGAAUUCUGAGUGAAUAAAGCCUUUCUAACAACAAUCUGUCACAUUUUUAAUACUAUACUGAAAAUGACUGACCAUGUUAGUCCACAUAUAUAACAAGUUGUCUGAAAAGCUAAAUGCACAAGCAAGCAUUUUACAUAUUAGUAAUUUUGUGCUAUGAAAAAUUCACCAGGAGCUUGAGUGGCAUAACAAAGCAUUAAUCGUACAGAUAGGAUAGUUCACCGUACUCUUUUAAAGGACUGGAAAGGCACCUUUGACAUGGCUGCAUAUUGAGAUGAUCUGUAUAUUACUGCAGCCAGUACAUUCAGAAAUCACUGAAUAUAGCACUCUGAGCCAUUCCACCUUCUCAAUCAGCAGUUCACAGACACUGGUCAGCUUAUGCCCUUACUGUUGCAAUCUGCAUGUUGAGUAGAUAAACACACCUACCCUUAGGGCACUUUAUGAAAUACCAAUGUCCUCCUAUAGUCACCUGUCCUGUCCUUGACUG